AUGGUUCCAACGCCGAGAGACCCCGUCUCGUGGGAUGGAUACGAGGGACGGGCGUCCUCGUCAGGAAGCCCGUGCUCAGAUGUUCUGGACGAGGAAGAAGCUUUGCUUGACAGCGGCAGCGAUGGAGAAUGCAGCCAGCAGCCACUUGCUCAUCACAACCGCAGGAGGUCCUCUCUGACAAUCCGUCUUGCGGCAAUGGCCGACAUAGGAGGAGUGAAUAGCUUUAGAUCCUUUGCCAGGAGCUGGCAACGUGCCGCGUCUUUUGCAGAAGUCAUUCCUCGCCGCCCAAGCUUUAUCCUUCAAGCCGAAGCGGAAACUUUUCCCGUACCAUGCAACAACGACGACAUUCAAUACAGCCGCAGCCGCCUUGGUAGCCAACCUCCACCACAUGCGGGACUGCUCAGGCAACACCUGGAAGCAUCAGCCGCCCAGAAUUCGGGGUCAGGAGAGGAGACAUUUACCGACUCCAGCGUUGGCGCGGGACCUGCCGGCGGUGCGCCAAGGGAAGAUUUUCGGGAACGAGAACGCAAAGGAUUGGAGGCCGAAAUGGCAUCAGGUGCUCUCCUUGAUGGGCCGUCGUCGGCACGAUCCAGCAUCUUCGCCGUCCCCCCACACCUGGCCACACCCUCGCUCAUUGGCAGCUACGGCUCACGUUAUGGUACCAUGGGUGUCCGCAGAUAUAGAUCGCGGUCGUCUGCGAGCUACGACAGCACUUGGGGAGUGCUCAGGGAUCGCCGAGGCGACCAGGAUGAUGACGACGUUCCCCUCGGCGAGGAACAGCCUAUACUAGUUAAGGAGAUAAAGAGAGGUGAAACAGUGGUUUUGGCCGUCGACGGCCAGAGCACUCUCCCGCAAUCAAUUUUCAACUCCAUCAAUGCAAUCAUCGGUGUCGGCCUGCUCAGCUUACCAUUGGCGUUCAAGAUGAGCGGAUGGAUAAUUGGCGUCUUGAUGUUGACACUAACUGCUGCUGUUACCGCCCAUACCGGAAAGUUGAUUGGCAAAUGUAUGGAGUACGACCCCAGCAUAAUAACCUAUUCAGAUUUGGCGUAUGUUGCAUUUGGAGCUCGAGCUCGAGUAGUUGUCUCAGCAUUGUUCACUCUCGAACUUGUUGCAGCAUGUGUGGCUCUGGUCAUUCUUUUUGCCGACUCCCUGGAUCUUUUGAUGCCUACGGUGGCUAGCACGACGAUCUGGAAGUGCGUUUGUGCUGCCCUCGUUCUGAUUUUAAAUAUGCUCCCUUUACGAUGGCUCAGUUACACCAGUAUUGUUGGUAUUUUUUCUACAUUCUGCAUUGUCUGCAUUGUCCUGGUUGACGGCUUAGUCAAGCAACAUAGCCCAGGGUCGUUAUGGGAGCCAGCAACAACUUACCUUCUACCCUCCAACUGGCUUUCUCUUCCUCUCGCGUACGGACUCAUGGCCAGCCCAUGGGGUGCCCAUUCGGUGUUCCCGAGUAUAUACCGAGAUAUGAGACAUCCUCGCAAAUGGAACAAGGGCGUCAACAUUACUUUUUCGGUUUCUUAUGCCCUGGAUACUUGUCUAGCCAUUGUUGGUGUUCUCAUGUUUGGCGACGGUAUAAGGGAAGCAAUCACAUCAAAUAUUCUCAAAACAUCUGGCUAUCCCGAAUCCUUGACUAUGUUAAUGUGCAUCUUCAUCACAAUAAUACCCUUGACUAAAAUUCCACUGAAUGCGAGACCUCUUAUCACCACAGCCGAUGUGGUCUGCGGUCUUCAGAAAGACCAUCACAACCUCCACCACCAGCGUUCGUGGUGGAACGGUCGGUCAUCGAUAUUUGCAAAUAUAUUGAGAACGGGGAUACGGGUCCUAAUCGUUUCAGUCCUCUUGACUAUUUCUAUUAUCUUCCCUGCAUUUGACUCGGUCUGUGCUUUUCUCGGCGCUGCGCUCUGCACACUCAUCUCUAUCAUUUUGCCGCUCUGUUUCUACCUCAAGGUGUAUUCAAAGGAUAUCACCAAAUGGGAACGCGUUGCGUCUUGGAUCUUGCUGGCUACUUUCGCCGUCUUUGGGUUAGCUGGGACAGUUUGGGCCUUCCUGCCCAAACAAGUUGUGGGCGGCUAG